AAAAUUUAUCAAAUGAUAACAGUAAGAAAUAUGUUCCAUUAUACGUUUAUGAUGGUUGGUAUCAUAAACCUCCUAAAGUGGCAAUAAACCUUUUACUGCAAGAAAAAUUUGGACCUACACAAUUAAAAAAUUCAAUUGAAAAUUAUUAUUUUAAAAAAAAUUAUCAGGAAGCGUUAAGAUUAUCGUUAGAAUAUAUUGAUUUUGUAGAAAAAUCAAACAAUCACAAUUUAGCUAAUGAUGGUAGUAGUAAUAGCAAUGUUUAUAAUAAUCCCAAUAGAUUAACUAGUACGCGUGAAAUGUUAGAAAUAGCUUCUCAAUGUGCUUUAAAAUUGGGAGAUAUUGAAUUGGCUGUAAAAUGUGCUGAUAAACUGGUUUCAAAUGAACCUGGACAUGUAAACCUUAAAGGUAUGAUUUAUUCUAAAGAUUCGAUCAAAUGGUUUGUUAAAUAUCAGAAAAUUCGUAAAAAUGAUUAUAUUGUGUGGAAAGAAAUUAGUAAAACAUUCAUCAAUUAUUCUGAAAAUAAAACUGUUACCGAUAGUAAUAAUAGUAAUAGUAAUAGUAUAAUAUAUCAACAGUUUGCAUUGAUAUGCUUGAAACAUUCUUAUAAUAUAAUGGUAAAAUCUAAUUGGCAACAUCAUAUAGAUUAUUUGGAAAUCAGAUAUUUGGCUGAAAAGAAAGAAAUUGAAGAUUUAAUAAAUAAUUUAGAUAAAAGAAUUUUACUAAAUGCAGUGAAUGCGGUGAAUGCAGUGAAUAUAGUAGAAUUAACUGAUUGGAUAAAUAAUUUAAAGAAUCUAGAAGAAAAAGAAGACCAUUCAUCAAAUAACCUGGAUAUUGGAUCGGAUUUUAUUAGUAGUGAAUUAUUUGAAUGGAUAUUAAAUGAAUGUAAUAAUGGUAAUAAUAGUGAUUGUAAUAAUGAUAAUGAUUUAAUUGAUAAUAACUUUAAAAGCUUUAAAGAUUUAUAA